CUCCAACAUACACUGCUAGAUAGCCUCUUGGGACUUCCACAGCCUUGGAAGCUGCUUUGGUCACACCAAAAGAUGACCUUCUAAUGCCAGCUUAGCUUUCUCCAUCAUGAAGACUAGUAACAAAUUUGUGGGAAUUGCUCAUGCCAAGCAGAAACUGCAGAGAACACUUUCACAAAGAAUCAGAAUGGCUUCAGCCAUUGCUGAUGUUCCAAAAGGGCACUUGGCAGUGUAUGUUGGAGAGAAUUAUAAGAGGUUUGUGAUUCCAAUAUCUUACCUUAGCCACCCUUUAUUCAGAGACUUGUUGGAUUGGGCUGAAGAAGAAUUUGGAUUCAAUCACCCAAUGGGUGGUCUCACUAUUCCAUGUACUGAAGAUUACUUCAUUAGUCUAACUUCUUCUCUUAAUUAAUUGUUCUAAAUUAAGCCAGAGAUGGUUUCAUCAAAUUGACCCAUUGGACAUUGGUUGCUUUGAUUACCAAGUUAGAUAGGAGCAAUAAUAUAUGGUCUCUACCAUUCAUUUUGUUCUGGAGAUUCUCCUUAAUCCAAUUGCAUCCCAAGUGAUGCCUUCAAAAUUUGUAUAUAGAUUUUUCGCAAUUGAAUUCAAGCAAGUUUAUGUUUCCAAUUAUUGCUUUGAAAAUUUCACUGUAACCUUCGAUUAGCAUUGUCUCCAUUUUAAUUUAGGCUUAGCAAUGAAAUUUGAAGUUAAAAGGGUAACAUAAAUUUGCCUAAUAAACUGUCUUUAGCAAUGUAUUAGUUUCUAACUCAGAAAUAUCUGAAGAAAAAAAAACAACAAAAAAAAAAAACAAAAAA